GCCAGAGGAUGUGGGUACUUCCUCUGGAUUUCGAAAUUCAUUUUAUUCUAUCAGUGGGAGCCAGCAUCUCAUCAGGGUUGCGUCCAAUUCUUGUUCCACAGGAGUGUCCAUGCUUGCGUGCAUUUGCAUAUUGAAUUAUGAAGAUGUGUUUUUCUUGUAAUCGAUAGUAUAGCAUUUAAACAUAUUAAAAACCCCGAUAAGUACGUACUGACCCUUGUAGAGGCAAAUUUGUCAACUAUCUCAAGAUGUGCUUCGAACGACCACCCCUAUAAAAUAUGGUACGCUCCACUCCCUGCCGUUAGCCGUUGUUGUAUCCUCCGCUACUGAACAGAUUUGUCGUGAUACAAACUAGCUACACACUGGCAUUAAAGCCAUGAAAAGAUGCUCCUUCACGGGACUAAAUCAUUAAAACGAGCGACAAGAAGUCUGGGAAAACUUUGCCGAACUGUGCCCAAACUUUGAUAGACUACAACCCAAAUCACUUCCCUACAGUUUCGAGUGUGUUAGCAUUGUUUUAUCUCACCACUAUUGCCAUUGGACGCGUUCUUUUUUCUUCUGGAGCAGUUCAGUCUGAUGAAUUCACCGAAAAAAGACGGAGAUGAUGAUGUGCCCGUUAAAGACCCGGUAAAAUACGGCGAAUUGGUCAUUUUGGGGUACAAUGGCUCUCUUCCUAGUGGAGACCGGGGCCGCAGAAAGAGCCGCUUCGCUCUGUACCGAAGGGCCAAGGCCAACGGUGUCAAACCCAGCGCUGUGCACAUCCUCAACACACCACAGGACAGCAAGGCUGUACACAGCAGAGGGCAGCACAGCAUCUCUUUCACUCUGUCCCGUAACCAGACAGUGGUGGUGGAGUACUGCCAUGACAACAACACAGACAUGUUCCAGAUUGGACGCUCCACAGAAAGUCCCAUUGACUUCGUGGUAACAGACACCUCCGGAGGGGGAAAAGAAGGGGAGGACCCCUCCAUCGCUCCAAGCACGAUCUCACGUUUUGCCUGUAGAGUGGUGUGUGAACGCAACCCACCCUACACCGCACGCAUUUAUGCUGCAGGCUUUGACUCCUCCAAAAAUAUCUUCCUAGGGGAAAAAGCAACCAAAUGGAAAAACCCUGAUGGGCACAUGGAUGGCCUGACCACCAAUGGAGUGUUAGUGAUGCAUCCAGAGGGGUUUCCAGAGGACCCCAAGCAGGGGCUAUGGAGGGAGAUCUCUGUCUGUGGUGAUGUCUACGCGCUGCGGGAGACACGCUCUGGACCCAGCCGGGGCAAACUAGCAGAGGGAGAGAGCAGUGCACUACGAGACGGUUCCCUGGUCGACUUGUGUGGUGCCACCCUGCUGUGGCGUACAGGCGAGGGGCUCAUGCGUGCUCCCACCCUGCGCCACCUGGAGGCACUUCGCCAGGAGCUUAAUGCAUCCCGGCCCCAGUGUCCUGUAGGCCUCAGCACGCUGGCCUUCCCCAGCCUGCCACGCAGCCACAGCCUUGAAGAACGUCAGCCCUGGGUCUACCUCGCUUGCGGCCAUGUCCAUGGACGCCACGACUGGGGCCAGAGAUCUGAGGGAGAGGAGGAACCAGGAGAGGGCGAGGGCUCCACGGCCCGCCGAGAAUGUCCCCUGUGCAGGAGCGUGGGUCCCUACGUGCCCCUGUGGCUGGGCUGUGAACCUGCUGUGUAUGUGGACGCCGGUGCUCCCACGCACGCUUUCGUGCCAUGCGGUCAUGUCUGCUCAGAGAAGACAGCCAGGUACUGGGCCGAGACCCCGCUGCCCCAUGGGACGCACGCCUUCAGGCCUGUCUGCCCCUUCUGCUCCACUGCCCUCAGCUCCCCUGGCUGGACGCGGCUCAUCUUCCAGGGCCCUAUCGACUAGUCGCUACAACUCAGCAACCACUAUCACAAUAACAAAGCUGCCCGAGCUUCAUUCAUGCCGCAAACGUUAUUCGGUAUGGAAAGGUAAUUAACAAGGAGUGCUUAACGUUAUUGUAACGUUAUUAAAGAAUGUGUCUUCUACAGUCAGUAUUCCAGGUUGUCCCUGAAUGCAGCUCGGAGCUGAAGAGUCCUUCCCCCUGUUUAUCCUUCAAUGCUUGUUAACUGCUACUUAACUUAAAAUGAGGAUGACAGGUGAUUAAUAAUGUCAUGUGAACAGUAUUUACUAUGUGGUGUCCACAUCUCUGUCAUUAACGAGUCUGCUGAUUUUCAUUCCAAACAAACACCAGCUGAUUUACCCAACCUCAAACAAGAGAAGGUUCUCAGAAGCAACACUAGAUAAACACAGGAGCUUAAAUGAUACUCCUUGUCCCAUCUCAAAGUUAUUGUAUUAUAAAGUGGCACAGCCUUCCAAUAAUCUUAAACUUGAUAUGAAACAUUCAGACUCUAACACUUGUAUCUGAGAAAACAUGUAGGAAAUGACAAGUAGCUUUUUUGCACAUAAGAUAGAAAUUGUGUUUUUACCUAGGGGCAGGUCUGUGUGUAUAGAUAUGUAGUAUUGCACUUUUUAGCCCGCACUUUGAUAACCAGCCACUUUUACAUUCAUUUGCUCUCAUUUGCAUUCUGACUUUCCUGUUUGCUUCCUGUGCGACCAACUGAUUUAUAUUUAGAGCUGUACUCAACAGACUGAAUUAACAACUUAUGGUAAAUGUGGGAGGUUACAAGGGGGGGAUCAGAGGCUCAUGCUUGAAUGCAAGGUUUCACAUUUCUAGUGUUCCAUGAAGAGGAAAUUAUUAACCAUUCUUAAAACCAGGAUAUUUUCAAGUAUAUGCAGUUUUCAUCUUCUGUAUUCACAUAUCCUUUUAGUGUGAAAUCUAUGCACAGACCCCACCAUAAAUGAGACCCCCGUGUAGCAUUAGAUUGGAAUGAAAACCUGCAGACUCUAUGAUUAGCACUCAAGCACCAGAGGGAAGACUACAUACUACAUAAGGCCAGGUCUUAUCCGGAUUAUUAAGCAGAUGGAGGAUAAACAAGGACUGGGAAUAAAACUGGGUAAAACUCCACUUCAUAACUCUCUAAAGCAAUAAGAGCACUCCCAUAGAUAAGCUAGAUGUUGUGCUAUGUUUAGCCAAGUGUUAGGUCAGCAGCAACUUCAAACAAGACUGAAAUGGUUUCCAGGUUAAGGGCUUAACCAGAAGCAUGUUCAAUUCCAUGAUUUAUUUUAUUUCCAGAUGGGAUUUCAGACCAGGUGUCUAAGUAUGUGUGAUGUAACCAAAGCCCUAGAAUUUAAAAAUGAGCAACCGAAUCAGUGACUAAAUACUUUUAUUUAAAUACCCAUUUCAAAUGCAUUGAGUAGCCUCAUCAUGCUGACAGAAAUCAACAUGUUCAGGCUACAGAACUACACAGCAGCCAUCACAAGCAAACAUAUUAUUAUGUUAAACUAAUUUGAACACACUUCUGGUUACUGAAUAAUGCUAAACAGGGUCUAUGUUAGUAUGAUGGAGUGUCAUUAAGGUUUGACCUUGCAUAACCUCAAAAGAAAACCUUUGUUUGUUGUUCUUUUGUUUCAAAGAAAACUAUUUUGUUAGGAAAUGGGGAGGGAUUUAUUUAGGGAAGGUGGGAUGAAUUCUUUUAGAUGUUCAGUGUAAAAAAAAAAAAAACCUAACUAUUUUUCUAAUUGAUAAUUGCUUUUAGUUAACUGUUGUUACUCAGUGUAAGCAAGUUCCGUAUGUUUCUGAAUAUUAUCGUGUGGUAGAUGUAGGAGAGCUUGUGAGUGAGAAAACAUUGCCAACACUGUGUCCAACAAACACACUUAACACACUGCUACCGUAAAACAUUGCCCAGACAAUGAAUGUAGCCAAAUACUCAGGCUAUAUUUAGCCUUCCCUGGUGCUCAUAUUGAAUGGUCUAUAUUGUGAUACUAUUUUUGUAACUAAAUAUUAUGGUGUAGCUUGGUGAACUAGCUCAAAAGAGUCAGAUAAUUUCAAUAAUAGCCUCAAGUAUGGAAGAUGUAUAAUUGAUAACACACACUCACAUGGAAAUUGUGUCUAGCUUGCAUGUGCUGAACGUACACAUACAGUAUGUACACUACACGUACACUUACUCAAGAACUUUGCACGGUGGAUUGCCAACCUGUUAUUCAUGCUGAGAGCGUUUGCCGCAGACCAAGAUGUCUUCCGAAUCCUCAGCUGUUAAAACUGCAGCAUUUUCUGUUUUGUUUGGAAGACCUCUCCGAAAAAAAAAAUGAAAGGAAAAAAAGAAAGAAAGAAAGAAAAAAUCCUCAUACUUGAUAGAUGCGUGAUGUUUGUGAAUGAGACCUAUUAAAUCCCACUUUGUACUACUAUGCUAAUGUUUUCCACUAAAACCAAUUCACUGCAGAAAGAUGUCCACGUCAACGCUUGUUUACAUUUUGUAUUUAGACCAAUCAUGGUGCAUCUAAAGCUAACGAAAGUCAUCCUGCUGUUUCCAGAAUAACUCUACUUUCCAUCCGAAGUCUAAAUACAAGAUUUAAACUCCCUAGAGUGCUGUGGAUAAUUGACGUAGUGUUGAUAAUUACUGUAGCUCAGGAUUAGUGAUUUCAGGCCUGAAGGAAGCCUGGUAGAAGACACUUUGAGUCAAAAGGUUCCAGAACAGCAAAAUACAUACAAAAGAGAACAUGAGCGAGAACAGUUAUCUAGUGUUACAGAGAUCACACAGUAGGGUAGACCACCUGCAGGUCUAAGAUCAGUCACAUACGGGUCUUACUGUAAGGGGAUCAGGUGCAAAUAGGCUAUGAAAACAUCUCGAUCAGCUGCCCUUUACUAAGCACGCAAAAUCCAGUGAAUCCUGCUUUUGAAGAUAAUAUAUAAAACAAAUUAAUGUAACACCAUUGGCAUGUGGAUGGAAGAACCGUUGCAGCACCCUCAUUGGCUUCUAGUUUACGACCUGACCUAUUUAUUUUAGCUCAUUUUUCUUUACUUUUUUUUUUUUCCCUUCAUUUAAACCCUCUUUGGGUUAUAGGUGACCAUAUGCAAUUUCCUUUUCUGUGUUUUUAGAUUUUAGUAUUUGUAAAAAUUCAGACACAUAAAUUAUUUUAGCGUGGCAUCAGGUUGUUUAAUACCACCAGUAACAUCAUUAGCUCUUCCCUAACUUUGUUUUUCAGUAUUAUUAUUAAUUGACCUUCACUCCAGAUGGCAAAACCUCAACCUCCUCAACUUAUGAACUCACCUUCUUAUAGGUGAGUGAGUAGCUUACACUUACUCUACAGCGUAAAACCUCACAAUUAACAAUGCAUUCCUUUAAAUACAUCUGUGUUAUGUACAGCUAUUUUGUAUUAUUUUAUAUCAUAAUCUUCUGUAAUCGUCCGGUGCACAGACAAUCGCUAUACACAUGUCAAUAAACCUGUUAAAAAGUUGAA